GACUAUGGUGAUCUUGUUGCAAGCAAUUCAUGCUCUUAAAGACGAAAUUAGGGAAAUAAAUCAGCGUCUUAUUGACACUGUUAUUGAUAUUAGUGAGGAAUCAAGUGUUGUAGCAGCUGCUGCUGAAGGAGGUGAAGGGACCAUUGUCAAGUGCUCUUUCAGCGCCGUGGCACUCAUUCCAAACAUGAAAUUGCAAUAUGCUUCAGCACAGAUGUCUUCAAUACAGCCAUUAAGGUUGCUUGUCCCCACAAAUUAUCCCAACUGUUCCCCAAUACUAUUGGACAUAUUUCUAGUGGAAGUCAGGUAAGGGAAAAAUCACACCAAAUCCUCUCAAAUAACACGGAAAAGUUUUCAGUUGAUGUUGUGAUAGUUGAUGUGUAUCUCUUGGAGAACUUUUUGUUCAGAAAAAUGUAGUUUGAAAAG